AUUCUCUCUCUCUCUCUCUCUCUCUCUCUCUCUCUCUCUCUCUCUCUCUCUCUCUCUCUCUCUCUCUCUCUCUCUCUCAUAUGCUGAACCUAUAAAAGACCGCACAACCUACAAUUAGAAACCACACACGCAUUUUAGCUGCUGCAUCCAGCGUGCAAAACUCUGAAACUCUAGCUCAUUCACUCGAUCAAGCAAGGCUACUUCCCGGCAAUGGAGAGAGUGACGAGGCUUUCGUCCGAAAAGGCGGUGGUGAUCUUCACACCAACCAAUGAUUGCCCGAUGAGCCACACGGUGACGACCCUCUUCUCCGGCCUGGGAGUGGGAGCAGCGGUGCACGAGCUGAACAAGGACCCCCGUGGCCGCGACAUGGAGCGCGAUCUUGCCCGCCGCCUCGGCCGCAAUCCGCCAGUCCCUGCCGUCUUCAUCGGGGGCAAGCUCGUCGGCUCCACCGACAGGGUCAUGUCGUUGCAUCUCGGCGGCAAGCUCGUGCCCAUGCUGAAGGCCGCCGGAGCCAUGUGGCUCUAAACCUCUGACCUUCCAAGCAACAUCUGCAUCCACACAUAUGGAUCGAUGCAUCGAUGUGCGUAAAACAGAAGCACACAAGUAGACGGAGAGAAGUAAUUAAGCCAAGUCUUCAUGUUAGAGCAUAGUUCCUGAGGAGGACGAGUACGGGAAGUUUUGUCUUCAUGACCCGGCAGAAAGUUUUGUCUUCAUGACCCGGCAGAAAGUUUUGUCUUCAGAGUUCAGACCCGGCAGAAAGUUUUGUCUUUAAUCAGAUUGACUUGUAAGGAAUUACUAAAUAUUGACGCAUCCAUGUGUCUUCAUAUGAGAGUAUAUAUGUACACAUUUCUCCCAAUUUUCAACUACUGAUUUUUAGUA